AUGUCUUUGAAGGAAGCAUACCACAUCGCGCAUAGCGCGCAGUGCAGACUCCAGAUCGAAGCGAGCCGACCAGACCGGAAUCUACGCUUUCUCGUGGGCCAUCUCAUGCAUUACGAAUCGAUGCGACUGCGAAUCGUGGAAAUUGAGCACGAUGUAUCCAAGUAUCAACGAGCAUCAGCAGUCAGAUUCCAAGGAACCGGCCACGUAGAUCACACCCUACAACACAAACCCUCAACAGGACAGCUAGGACGCAGGUCACCACCCCCGCCACAGCACAGUUACGACUCGGAAAGCACAGAAGAGGACGACGAGGACGAUGUCCCAGACGACCUGAUCUACGAAGACGACGACGCCGCAGCACUAUCACUGGAGCGCUUCCCUUCCCGCACAGCACGUGUCCAAACAUCACCGACAACAACAGACGAACCAGACCUCGUAGAGGACCAAUUCUCAGACGACGACGAAUCCGACGAACCUCACUCACCCGAGGACCCCGAUCAAGAAACUCUGGCCCAAGCAGUCAAAGGCGACGGCAACGAGCUCCUAGCAAGCAUGUACGAAGGCGUUCGCAAAUGCUCAUGCCACGGCAAGUCCGAAGCGCCUUCAUUUUCACGAAUGUGGGAACUCCCACCCGAUAAGCAACACGACAAAGAAGGCAUCACGAGAGCAGUCGCGCAAAUCAGUGACGACAAGGCACCGCAGAUGAGUUGCACGGCGCAGGCUGUGCCUGUUGUCGCGUGA